GGUAACUCAAACGCACAUCUAAAAGUGGUCUAUGUCGGCUACCGUAGCGGAGUGACAACAGGGCAAAGCACUUUGGUCUGAGCUACUAGCUUGACUGAUAAGUACCCCUGGAACUGGUAGAUGCAGACGGCAAAGUUGUGACACAGCCCUUUAAACGAUUUCAAAAUCUCGACACCAGCAUAAAGAUGAGGCUGAAGGAAAUCCAGAGGACUGCCCAUCAGGCUUGGAGUCCUUCGGGACACCAUCCUAUCUUUCUGGCUUUGGGAACAUCAGCACAACAGCUCGAUGCUUCCUUCAACACCACAGCUGCCAUAGAGAUAUUUCAGAUGGAUUUCUCUGACCCUUCUCUAGAGAUGCAGCUCAAAGGAUCAAUACCAACUGCAAACAGGUUGCACAGUAUUGUUUGGGUAAAUUUUGGAAUGGGAGCAGAUGAAACCGGAGGGAGACUCAUUUGUGGAAGCGAAAGUGGCUCGUUGACGGUGUACAAACCUGAGGCCAUAAUGAACUCAGGAGCCGAUUCACUUGUUGGACAGUCUGAUAAACAUACUGGACCUGUUCGAGCACUUGAUUUCAACCCUUUCCAGAGUAAUCUUCUUGCAUCGGGGGCAAAUGAUUCUGAAAUAUAUAUUUGGGAUCUAAACAACUUCACCAGUCCAAUGACUCCUGGUGCAAAAACACAACCUGCUGAAGACAUCAGCGUUGUGUCGUGGAACAGGCAGGUUCAGCACAUCUUGGCUUCUGCCUCCCCCAGUGGGAAAGCAGUGGUGUGGGACCUGAGAAAGAAUGAGCCCAUCAUAAAGAUCAGUGAUCACAGCAACAGGAUGCAUUGUUCUGGAAUGCUGUGGCACCCCGAUGUGGCCACUCAGUUAGUGUUGGCCUCUGAAGACGACAGACUGCCAGUCAUUCAGAUGUGGGACCUUCGCUUUGCCACAUCACCUCUGAAGGUCUUUGAAAAUCACACCAGGGGAAUUCUCUCCAUAUCCUGGAGUCAGGCUGACCCAGAGCUUCUGCUCAGUAGUGCUAAAGACAAUAGAAUCCUCUGCUGGAACCCCAACACUGGAGAGGUCAUUUACGAGCUUCCAACCACCAACCAGUGGUGCUUCGAUGUUCAGUGGUGCCCCAGAAAUCCAGCCCUGCUUUCAACAGCAUCAUUUGAUGGGAGAAUUUCAGUUUAUUCUGUGAUGGGAGGAAGCUUGAAGGCCCAGCAACAAAGCACAGCGGAUAAGAUAUCUUCCUCAUUUGAUACAAUGGAUCCCUUUGGUACGGGGCAGGUGCUGCCCCCCCUGCAAGUUCCUUUGCCUCACGUACAGGACACCAUUGUUCCUCCUCUAAAGAAACCACCAAAGUGGGUGCGCAGGCCUGUGGGAGCAUCCUUUGCUUUUGGGGGAAAACUGAUAACCUUUGAAAAUCCCAAGCAACCUUUAGUGCAAAGCCCCCAGCCCGUCCCCAGACAAGUGUUCAUGAGCCAAGUUACCACGGAGACGGAGUUCCUCCAGCGCUCUAGGGAGCUGCAGGCAGCACUGCAGUCGGGUUCAUUCAACACUUAUUGCCAGAGCAAAAUACAGAGCGCCAAGUCUGACACUGAGCAGGACAUAUGGAAGUUUCUGCUGGUUAACUUUGAGGAUGAAGCUCGAGUUAAAUUUCUUAAACUUUUGGGUUUCAGCAAAGAUGAGUUGGAAAGAAAGAUUUCAAAAUGUCUGGGAAAGAAUUGUCAACCAAAUGGGCUCGGCGUAGACGCCAACGAUCUGGCGGAAAAGAUGCAGCGGCUUUCCACCGAGAGGUCUGAAGAAGGAGCUGAAUCCAGAACCUCUGGCUCCGUCUCACCAGCAGACUUUUUCAGUCACACUCCAAAGGAAACUCCCAACUUCCAGAUUCCCGUUUCAUGUGACUCCGAUGGGCUGAUUAGCCAGGCGCUGCUGGUCGGUAACUUUGAAGGUGCCGUAGAGCUGUGCCUGAACGACGGCCGUUAUGCCGAAGCCAUCCUGCUGUCCAUCAGCGGAGGAGAAGAGCUGCUCAAAAAGACUCAGCAGAAAUACCUGAGCAAGCGGAAGAACAGCAUUUCAAUGCUCAUAUCAUCAGUGGUGACCCAGAACUGGAGGGACAUCGUGCAGUGCUGUGAAUUAGACAACUGGAAGGAAGCUCUUGCCGCGUUGCUGACAUAUGCACACCCCGAGGACUUUGCUUUCUUGUGUGAUAUUCUUGGGAACAGGUUGGAGCAUGAGGGCACGGAGAAGCGCUGCCUUCAGGCCUGCUUGUGUUACAUCUGCUCUGGAAACAUAGAGAAAUUGGUGGAGUGCUGGGCCUUACAUAGAGACUGCUCCUCACCUCUUGGCCUGGAGGAUCUGGUUGAAAAGGUGAUGAUGCUUCGGAAGUCCAUCGAGCGCCUGCGCAACAACGAGGUGGCGAUCCAGAGCCCUAUCCUGGCAGAGAAGCUAACCAGUUAUGCAGGAAUACUAGCUGCUGAAGGUAGCUUGUCCACGGCUAUGGCCUACCUGCCUGAGAACUCAGAUCAACCUGCAAUCACAAUGCUGAGGGACAGACUGUUCCAUGCUCAGGAGGAGGCUUCUGCCCAACCACAGAUAACACAGCCUUCUAAAGUUGCCCUGUCCACUGCAAAUGCUAUUCCUGCACCAAAGGCCCCAUUUAUGAAUCCGUUUCAGCCUUCUGCACCCUCCCCGGUGGUUCCACCGCAACAGCCCCAAAUACCUUCAGUUUUUACCCCUCAAGCUCCUCUGCCCAACCCAGGCUCCGGCCUUCCACCCACCUCUCAUGUACAGCACCCCAGCACUCCACCGUCUGCCAUGAGACCUCCGUACCCACAGCAUCCCUCCAUGCCUCCAGGAAUUCCUUCUCAUCAGCCAUUCCAGCCUCAACCGGUUUCCGCUGGCGGACCCUUCCCUCCUUCAGUUCCUUCUAUGCCAGCUCCCAGCUUAUCAGGACCUCAGCUGCCACCUUCGUCGUCCACCCCUGGAGGUCUGCCCCCCAUGCCCAGCCCUGGGGUGCCGCCAACAGGCUUCAUGCCGUCUACCUCUUUACCUUCAGGCUUUAUGCCUCCCAGCUCCCAGCCAGGAGCCCCAGUUCCCAUGUACCCAGGAAACUUUCCGAACCAGGGACCCCCCGCACCCCCCAUGUCAUCCGCUCACUUUACUCCUGCUGGACCGGGGUAUCCCCAAGGAGGUCCCGGCGCUCCAGCCGUGAAGCCGUUUCCAGCUCCUGUUGUGGCUCCUCCUCCCACAGGACCUCAAGAGGGCUGGAAUGACCCCCCAACAGUACGAGGUGGACCCAGGAAGACAAAGGUUUCCAGUAACUACACCCCACCUGCCCCCAUCACAGCUCCUGUCAUGGGUUUCCCAGGGGAGUCCCAACAGCCCCAUGACCCCACCCAGGUCCCCCCCGGCGCUCCUCAGGAGCCGAGCGUGCAGCUUCUCCAGCAGCUGCCAGCAGAGCGGGUGGAGCAGAAGGAAAUCCCGCCGGAGCAUGUGAUCCUCAAAACCACCUUUGACAGCCUGGUACAGCGCUGCCAGCUCGCAGCGGGGGAUCCGCAAACAAAACGAAAGCUGGAUGACGCAGGAAAACGUUUGGGACAUCUGUAUGACAAACUGAGAGAGCAAUCACUUUCUCCAAAUAUCCUGAAUGGACUCCACGAGAUCAGCCGCUGCGUCUCUAGUCAGAACUACCAGCGGGCUCUGGAGGUCCACACUCAGGUGGUCAGCAGCAGCAACUUCAGCGAGAUCUCCGCCUUCAUGCCCAUCCUCAAAGUGGUCAUCACCACCGCCAACAAGCUCGGAGUCUAACCCCCCUUUAGACACCACAAACCCACUAUUCAGUGUUAUAUUGUCAUAUUUAUUUCUAUUUUUUUUUUUUUUUUUUUGGAUCUGACAACAUGGAUAAAAAUAAUUUCAAAAAGCGUAGAUAGUGGUUCUCAUCACUCCAUAAAUUGGCCUAUCCGCUGAACCUGGUGGAUGUAAGCAGUGGUUGAUUGUUCUAGAACCUUGUUGGUGUCACUGUGGUAGUUUUAUAAACAGAUGAAUGUAUUCUGAAAUCCAUUGUGAAUUCAGUCGGUGGUGUAAUAUAUAAAACGAUCAUACUUCAUAUUUUUCUUUUCAUCUUGUCCAAAACGUUUUGGUUACACAGCUGCAGAAGGACAAUCCAGGAUCUCAAACGAAAUCACGAGAAUAAAACCUGGCUUGUGCUCUCUAAUCCAAGAAAACCUGGCACAUGUUUUUGAAUAAACAAAUAAAAUUCGCGUUCAGUUAUGUACUUAUUGUAUUCUGUGGUUUUACUUUUGGGUUUUUUUGAACUGAAUUGUUGCAGGGCACUGUUGAUGUCCGUCCUAGCCUUGUGUAACAAUAUUUUACAAUAGCCUGUCUUUACUGCAUUACUUUCCCUCAUCAAUUUACACAAAAAGCUUCUUAAACAAUUUACUUACUGCUCGUUCAAUUUCUCUGUAAGAGCAGAAUUGCAUCCUCUUUUUUUUCAUUUUUGUACUAGAUUAGAUCAACCAACCAAACAAUUUAAGGUUUAAAAAUCAGCUGUUUGUUGCUGCUGUACAUAAUGCUGGAUCGAUUGGUGUUUAGUGGCAGCAGAAGGCAAAGGAAGUGCCUCACUGUGCCCAUUUGGGUCACACAAAUAUUUAUACGAUCUGCGUUGCUUUCUUUACUCAUUUCAUUAACUUUUUCAAAUAAAGUUUCACUUGUAAAAUUUGACAUCAA